CUUCCUGUCUUCCUUGGGCAAUGGCGGCGGUGCGGGGCCUCCGCGUCUCCCUCAAAGGGCCGGCCUCGUCGGAGCCGGAGCCCAUGGAAGUGGAGGAGGGAGAGCUGCUCUUGCCGCCGCCCAAGGAGAGGGAGGAGGAGCCAGAGGAGGAAGAAGAAGAAGAAGGCGAGGAGGAGGAGGAAGAGGAGGAAGAGCAGAAGCCUCCUCCGCCGCCGCCAUUGGAAGAGGAGGAGGAGGAGGAGGAAGGCGGAGGAGAGGCCUCGGGGAGCCUGCGGAGGGCGCUGCCGGACACCAGCCGGAGAUACGAAAACAAAGCUGGGAGCUUCAUCACCGGGAUAGACGUCACAUCCAAGGAAGCCAUUGAGAAGAAGGAGCAGAGAGCCAAGCGCUUCCACUUCCGCGCAGAAGUGAACCUGGCCCAAAGGAACGUGGCGCUGGACCGGGACACCAUGAAGAAAGCCAUCCCCAAGCUGCGCCUGGACACACUCUACGUUUUUGGCGUGGACGAGAUGAGCACCCAGGACAUCUUUGGCUACUUCAAGGAGUACCCGCCGGCCCACAUCGAGUGGCUGGAUGACACCUCGUGCAACGUGGUCUGGCUGGAUGAAGUGACUGCCACCCGGGCCUUGAUCAACAUGAGCUCCAUGCCGGAAGAGGAGGAGGACGAUGAGGAGAAGGCGAAGUCCCAAGAGAGCGGCCGGAGGGGCAGGAAAGAGAAAGCGGAGGGGAGCUCGGAGGACGAGGCGGAGGAGGGCGAGGUGGAGGACGACCACCACAGCCAGGCCGAGGAGCUGGACACUCUCUCCCAGGCAGAAGAGGACUCCCUGUUGCGCAACGACCUCCGGCCGGCAGUCAAACUGGCCAAAGGCAAUAAGCUCUUCAUGCGUUUCGCCACCCGAGGUGAGAAGUGGGCUGGAUGGUCAUCUGCCAGGGCUGCUUUGAGGGUGCAUUUCCUGCAUGAAGCAGAAAAAGGGAAGAAGCCUAAAAGAAAAAGAUCUAAUUCCCCAGAACCACUUGGCGCUACUUCCAGCAUGCAAUCGACGAAUGAAGAUGGAGAUGAUGAGGAUGAUGAAGAAGACGCGGCAGAAUCGGAAGAUAUACAGACUACGGAAUAA